AUGAAUGAUUCUUCGUCAUUACCUAAUCAAAAUGCAUUAAUGUUUGAAGAAAAUGAAGAGGUACUCUGUUUUCAAGGGUCCUUACUUUAUAAAGUCAAAAUCUUACAAUCGGAAAAUUGUCAAUUAGCGGAUACCCUGGGCUCAAGUGACGAAAAUAGAUACUAUCGUGUACAAUUUAUAGAAAGUAAUUCUAGUAUGAAAGAUGAAUGGGUUGCCAGCAAUAGAAUCUUAAAGUUGACAAGUGAGAAUCUUGAAAAGCAAAUCCAACUUCACGAAAAAUUUAUUCAGUCAAUUGAGAAUAAUAUCUUCAUAUCGAAAGAAGGAUUGAUAAAAGAAUCAAUAAAUCAAUUUUCAAACAGCCAAGAAAUGCAAGCUUCACCAAAUAAUGAUGAUAGGGAAAGUGAAAUUAUGAAUUCAGGGUUUAAAGAGAAAGAAAAAGAUGGAAUUUUACCAGCUGAAGAGAUUUCUUCUGAUGAAUUAUAUGAGUUAUAUAAUCAUGAUUACGAUGAAUAUUCAGAUUCCACAUCAUCUUCACAGGAAGAGUCGGAAGAACAAGAUGAAUCUUCUUGCAUGGAUAGUGAGUCAGAUGAUUCAGACAUUCAUUUUGAAUUUCCCAAACUUCUCAUACAUAAACUUUGUGAAGAUCGUGAAAAUGUCGUAAAAUAUGACAAAGUUAUCUCAACUCCGCGAGCAAUUACGGUCAAACAAAUUCUAGAGCGAUGGGUUGUCUAUCAAAAAGCAGAAGAUGGCUAUCAUACUAAUUCGAUGAAUGUUAUUAAUGGCAAUGAUGAAGAAACAAGUUUAGAAGGUACAAUAAAUGGGAAAGACAUUUACUCAGAGAUGGCUGAAGGUCUCAUGAAACAUUUCGAUCGUGUAUUAAUUCGCAACUUAUUGUACACUAAUGAGAAACCAAUUUCACACCAAAAUUUAAAGUUUUCGGAAAUCUAUGGCGCCGAACAUUUACUUCGAUUAUUAUAUCAGUUGCCUUCUUUCUUGGAAAUGAUGAAAUUGACACAGCACGCAAUCAAAGAAUUAACUUAUCGAUCCGCUCAAAUUAUGAAUUUUUUGGUCAAGAAUGCCGAUGAAUUUUUCACUACAUCUUCGACAAAAACAAGGAAAUCCAAGGAUCUCUUGAAGAAUGCCAGAACUAGAAUCUCGAGAAGAAUCAAAGAAACAAAAACCUCGAUGAAAAGAAAAAGGCGAAAGAUCAUAACGAAAAAAUCAAGGCAAGCAAAACCUUUUGUGAAAAGGUCAUCAUUCAUCACGACAAACCCAAAAGAAACAGGACUUCCUUCAAAAAAACAAAAGGUUAAUCUUGAUUUAGAAGACUAUAUUUGUGAAAAUUGUGUGACGACGUUCUCUACACAGUGGCGAUUAGGUCUAAACGGAGAAAGACUGUGUAAUGGUAAUCCUGUUGUGUCUACGAAAGGCGACAUGGAAAACCUCGUCCUUACAGAACCGCAUAUAAAGCAAGGAAAUCAAAGAACAAACGAUAAACAUCUUCAGACAUUAUUUAACGUUUUUUGUUUCCUUACAAUUUUUAGCACGUGA